AUGAAAAGGAGGGAGGCACAUUGUAAGGAGGAUGCAAAUUCUCUCAAACAAUCAAUUAUUUCUGAAUAUGAGAAAAUUUACCAGUUCUUACGGAAUGAAGAAAACCAACACCUGCUAAGAUUAGGACAGGAAUUCAGAAACAACAUGGCCAAACAUAAAGUGAACAAAGCCAAACUAUUACUAGAAAUCCAAAAACUCCAAAGAAUGGUAUUAGAUGUGGAGGAGAAUUUGGACAAGGCACCAUCAGAAAUGUUUCAGGUUAUGAAAAUCCCAUUUGAAUGGAAUGAGGAGCAGCUACUUCAAGAAGUGAACGUUGAUUCCUCUAUCUGGAGCACCUGGCCCAUCACUUGCUUGAGAGAAAUGCUCAAGAGCUACCAUAGGGAUAUAACUCUGGAUCCUGAAACAGCCAAUCCUCAUCUCAUCUUGUCUGAAGAUAUGAAGCAUGUCAAGUGUGGAAGUUUCCUACAGAUCCUGCCUGACAGUGAAGAAAUAUCUGUGGAUUCUUUUAUUGUAUUGGGGGUCCAGACCUUUACCUCAGGCAAACACUAUUGGGAAAUAGAGUGGGGAGAUAAUACAGAGUGGGAAGUGGGUGUCUGUAAAGUUUCAGCCAUCCAAAAUGGGAACCUUUCCAUAUUACCUGAAGAUAUAUGUGCACUAGAAGGCUACAGAUGUGUAAAUGAUUUCUUCUUCUGGAAAUUACAACAUGGCCAUUUUGUGAGUGAGCCCAUAGAUAAGAUGGGCAUUUUUCUUGAUUAUGAAAAGGGACAUAUAGCAUUUUACAAUGUCGUAGAAGAAAACCUUAUCUUCAGUUCCCCAGAAAUGAACUUUCAAGGGACUCUUCGCCCUUACUUUGCUCUUUCCCGUCAUAAUGAAGAAGGAACUCUUGCAUCACUCAGUAUAUGUCCCAGGAGCAAUAAGUGA